UAACGUUAGUUCCUCCAAAGACAACCUCGCUUCAGUGUUUCCUUUCGCCGGGUAUGAGCAAAAGAAGCCUAAAAGAGCCCCUAGUAUUUGUUUCUUCGAACCAGCAAAGGAACCCCAAAUUCAAAACCCUAUUCUUUCGAGCCGACCACUCCGGCGUUUCUUCCCUUCUAUUCCUCUCGAUUUUCUCUCUCAAAUUCAGUUUCUCUCUCUACUAUUUUUCUCUGCCCUCCCUCUUCGGCGUCUUUCUGCAUAAUUCUUCUUUCAUGCAGCUACUUUGAUUUACAGGUCGGCACCUGAUGACAAAAUGAAUUCAUUCUCGGUUAUCCGAAAGAAAACCCCUUUUCAAAAGCAUAGGGAGGAGGAGGAGGCCAAGAAAAAGAGAGCGGAAGAUGAGACUGCUCGCCUUUAUGAGGAAUUCGUCGAGUCAUUCCAAGGGGACAGUGCAGCAAAAGCUUUUGUGAGAGGAGGGACUAUCAAUCCUAAUGAGCGCCUGAAGAACGACGAAGGUGGGAAUUCCAAAGAUGGGGUAUCUGGUUCAAAGAAGGGGAGUAGAUAUGUUCCCUCCUUUGUGCCACCUGGUUUGGCAGCGGCCAUCAAUAAAGCGAAAGAGUCAGAGAAGAAAGAGGACGAGAAACCUAAAGAGAAAGAGAAAGGCAAGUCGAGGAACAUAGAUCAUUUCAUGGAGGAAUUGAAGCUUGAGCAAGAGCUUAGGGAGAAGCGUAAUCAGGAGCGUGAACAGUGGCGUGACGGGAGGCAUAAUGAAUCUUCUGCUCAGCCAACUAGUCGUUUUGAUGAGCUGCCUGAUGAUCUGGAUCCCAGUGGAAAGCUUCCUGGGUCAUUUGAUGAUGGGGAUCCUCAAACUACGAAUUUGUAUGUCGGAAAUCUUUCACCACAGGUGGAUGAGAAUUUUCUUCUUCGGACAUUUGGUAGAUUUGGGCCUAUUGCCAGUGUGAAGAUAAUGUGGCCUCGAACAGAGGAAGAGCGGAGGCGGCAAAGAAAUUGUGGAUUUGUUGCUUUCAUGAAUAGAGCAGAUGGUCAGGCUGCAAAGGAUGAGAUGCAAGGGGUGGUUGUUUAUGAAUACGAACUGAAGAUAGGAUGGGGCAAGUCUGUCUCACUUCCAGCACAAGCCCUCCCUGCUCCUCCACCAGGUCAAAUGGCCAUCAGAAAUAAGGAUGGUGCAACUGUCAUAUUGUCCGGUCCUGAAGGUCCUCCUGUGACUUCUAUGACAAGUCAAUCCUCUGAAUUGGUGCUUACCCCAAAUAUUCCUGAUAUAACGGUCGUUCCACCUGAUGACGAUCACUUGCGCCAUGUAAUUGAUACCAUGGCUAUGCAUGUGCUUGAUGAUGGAUGUGCAUUUGAACAAGCUAUCAUGGAGAGGGGUCGUGGUAAUCCUUUGUUUAAUUUCUUAUUCGAACUUGGAUCUAAGGAGCAUACAUACUAUGUCUGGAGAUUGUACUCCUUUGCACAGGGGGAUACUCUUCAGAGGUGGCGUACAGAGCCUUUCAUCAUGAUAACCGGUAGUGGGAGAUGGAUACCUCCACCUUUGCCUAUUAGCAAGAGUCCAGAGCUUGAGAAAGAAUCGGGCACGACAUUUGCGGCGGCGGGAAGAAGCAGAAGGGUGGAAUUAGAAAGGACUUUGACCGAUCCGCAGAGAGAUCAGUUUGAGGAUAUGCUUCGGGCUUUGACCUUGGAGAGAAGUCAGAUAAAAGAGGCAAUGGGGUUUGCUUUAGAUAAUGCCGAUGCUGCUGGAGAGGUGGUUGAGGUUCUCACGGAGUCAUUGACUCUUAAAGAAACACUUAUACCAACCAAAGUAGCCAGGCUUAUGCUCGUCUCUGAUAUCCUCCACAACAGCAGUGCUCCAGUAAAAAAUGCCUCCGCAUAUCGUACCAAGUUCGAAGCAACCCUGCCUGAUAUCAUGGAGAGCUUCAAUGACCUGUACCGUAGCAUCACUGGAAGGAUCACCGCCGAAGCCCUCAAGGAACGAGUAUUGAAGGUCCUCCAAGUCUGGUCAGACUGGUUUCUCUUUUCCGAUGCAUAUGUGAAUGGGUUGCGAGCUACUUUUAUUAGAUCGAGUAAUUCAGGGGUUAUUCCCUUUCACUCGAUAUGUGGGGAUUUACCAGAGAUGGAGAACAAAACCACUUCUACAGAUUCAGGUGAAGGAGCCAAAGUAAACCAAGAUGCCGCCUUGGCAAUGGGGAAGGGAGCUGCUGUGAAAGAGCUACUAAAUCUCCCUCUUACCGAGCUCGAGAGGAGGUGCCGACACAAUGGUUUGUCUCUUUGUGGUGGAAGAGAGAUGAUGGUUGCAAGGUUGCUUAGUCUAGAGGAGGCAGAAAAGCAAAAAAGCCAUGAUCGUGAUGAUGACUUGAGAUAUGGGCAGAGGUAUUCGAGGGAAGAGAGUACUUGGAAUGUGUGUGAUGCAGGGCAAAAAGAAACCAACAGUGGGGCCGAGCCAUGGUCACAUUAUGGGGAAGAGGUUUUCAGGUCACAAAGCAAAGCGCCAUCAUCAUCAAUGACUCCAACACUACCCAUUCCUCAGCCUGAGCUGAAAGCUUUUGCAAUAAAGAAAGGGAAAUCAGACCCUGUUUUGCCUAUAUCGAAAUGGGCUCGAGAAGAUGAUGCAAGUGAUGAUGAUGAGGAUAAGAAAGGCCUUGGUUUAGGCUACUCUUCCUCUGGAAGUGAGGAUGGUGGUGAUGGUCCUCGUAAGGCUGGAGAUCCUGAAGUCUCUGGUGAUGCCAGCCUUCCAUCAUAUGCUGACAGUUUGAUGAGUGAAGAAUACAGACAAAAGCUAAGGAGUUUAGAAGUUGCUGUGAUGGAAUACCGUGAGUCUCUUGAAGAACGAGGUAUUAGAAAUCCAGAGGAAAUUGAGAGGAAAGUGGCAGCUCAUAGGAGACGUCUACAGUCUGAGUUUGGCCUAUUGGAUUCUUUUGGAGACGCCUCAGGAAACAGCAAACAUUUCUCUCGGUCAUCAGAGAGGAGUUCAUUGGAAAGAAGAGAGAGAAGGGAUGAUAGGAAGCGCCAUCGAAGCCAAAGCAGAAGCCCUCCACAACGCAAGUCAUCAAGUAGGGAGAGAGAGAGGGAAAAUGAGGCUGACAGAGACAGGGAUCGGGAGCGUCAUCGUGAAAGAGACCGAGGUUCCCAUGAUGAGCGAGAGAGGAAUGAGAGUCGCGAGAGAGAGGAUUUUGAUCGGGAUAAGGGCAGGGACCGAGAGAGAGAAAAAGAUCGUGAAAGAAAGAGAAGGCCUAAAUGAUCUUCUGGUGUAUUGGAAGUGAGCAGUAAACUUACCUGCCUUAAGUACCAUUUGCUUUGUAGGUUGGAGCAUUCAAGGAAGUCGUUGCUGUGGGCUUUGCCAUGUAACAUGAAUCACUCGGGAAUUUCUUGGUAGUGGAAAUUUCAGCAGUUACGGGAUCUGUGGUGGGUGAUUCAAAGAUGGCAAUAUUUCUUGAUGGGUUUUGUGUUAAAUGUUCUACAAUGGCCAAAAUGCUGUAGCUUUUGGUGUUGCUCUCCGCUGAUAAAAUCACGAAUUUUGUCAUCGUUUGGAUUCUGCUGAAACUGCGGUUGGAAAGUGGAAUGCGCCUUGACUGUUAUGUAUAUUUGUUAUUUAUCAGUUAUCAAAAAUUUUCAUACAAAACUGUUGAUGAA